AUGAUUUCCAGAAACCGCAUCUUCCGUAUCCCGCGGCCUCGAACAUUCCUCUACCUCAUGACCCUCCGCACCGGCACCGAACUCUCAACCCUUGCCCUCCUCCUAAACAAAGUCUCCGGCUUCUACGGCCUCCUCGCCCUACUCACAGGCUUCUACCUCUCCCCAGUCCAGCUUUCCAUGUACCUCUACAGUCUCCUAGCGCUUGUUCUCGUCGCCGUCCUAGCCCGGCACAUCCGCACCCAGGCCGCCUUCGAGAAUCUCGCUCUGGCCGUCUUUUUCAUUUUCGAUACGUUCAUCAAUGCUGUAUACACUGCUAUCUUCGGGGUUACGUGGUUCAUGGUCGUAAGCGAGCAUCAUGUGAAUAAAGCGACCGGGGCGGAGGGGACUAUGGAUCAGACGGCCGGAUUCACGAAGCCUGAGCAUAAGAAUGUUUCCAGCGUUGAUGUGGUGGUUGGGCCGGACCAAGGCGUUCCAGGGUCAAGUCAUGAGGCUAUCACGGCGGGGAACUCAGGUGGUGGAAAUCCUAGUGUGGGACAUGGGUUCUUGCAGCCCGAGAGCAUGAGCUCUAUGUUCAUGAUCGUGGCGCUUUGGAUCGUGAGAGUCUAUCUAGUUCUGAUUGUGAUGAGCUACGCGAGGUCAGUCAUCAGGAGGCAUGUCGCGGCCGUGAGUCGGAGCAGGCCGGAGUAUCUGCCAAGUAGUAAGGGAACGGCGAUGUUGGAAGAUCCAUUCGCAAGACAUUUGCCUGAGGGGAAAGGGUGGAGGGGAAGAUUGGGGAGACUGAUGAUCGGAAUAAGUGAGGGGUAUUGGUUGGGAGUUGAGGAGGGAGACGAGAGCUGGGGAGCCGAGGAGAUUGGCAUGGGAAGAUUAAGGAGAAAUGACGAGGCACCUGGUGUUGUCGAAAGGGAGAGGAGGAGACGAAGCGGGACUGUGAGUCUUAAGAUGUUCGCAACUGGAGAGUUUGAUGCUGAUUGGAUUACUCAGGGUCCACCACCGCCACCGCCUAUCCCCCAAUUACAGGGAGAAAAUUCCCAGUAUCUGCGGGUGGAGGGGCGGACUGGAAAGUGA